AUGGCGAAAGUUCAGCAGCACCCAUUCCUGCAUAUGCUACUGCGUUUCUUUUCCUUGUCUCGCCUCAUGCCAAGUCAAUGGACUCACCGCCUGGAGUCAUGCUCAAGGCCGGCUAGAGCUUUUGUGCGCUUCCAAUGCCGCUUUUCCUCGACGCAUAUCCCAGGUCGCAUUCUGAGGGGUAACGAUCUGGGUCCCACGCGCGAAGAUGAUCACCAGACGUUUCGCGUCCGCAAGGACGAGCAGGCCAAGCAACUGCCACUAUCGCCAUUUCUGGAUCCAGUAGUGUUGGAGGAGAAGUCGCGCUUUAUACAGCCGAAAGCAAAGCCAAGUCUGCCCAACUUCACCCCGUUCCAGAAGAGGCUAUGGGAGAAUCCAUUCGCCCACGCAUUGGCAACACCUAUCCGCCAGUGUCGCGCAACCCUCAUUCUGCUUCCUACCACUUUCAUGAUGACUCUUCACGCCCGCCCGCACCCCGAAACCCAGGACCCGUGGCUCCUUCCAGUCUCGUUGACGACGGAUCAGAAAUACCUCGGGCCGCCGUUCCGCUUUGUCGGCAGACACCUGGUCACUGCGCAUCUAGGCAAGAAGAAGGAAUGGGAAAAAGCCAUAUAUUCACGUAUGGCGGAGAAGCUCAGCGCUCACAAGCUCAAAAAAAUGGUUUGGCGGGAGGACAUGGCAGACUUGGUACUAGACAUGCUGCAAAAGAAACUUGCAGGGAAGCUGAGCUGGAACUUUGGCUUCCCGGGGCGCCUGAUACCCGUUGCAAGUCCGCGGACUGAAGACAUUGAAGCCAUCAAGGACGUUUCUUGUGUACUCGUAUUCCGCUCGCUUCGCACACCGAUCGAUGAUCUUGUUGUUCAAGCCCAUAACAUUACAGCCGAACUAGAUAAGUGGUCACGUUACUUUGCUAAGAGCUUUGCAGCAAAGCUAGAUCCUCACACUGCUCUGGAAGUCACCCACACACCGCCUCUGUGGUACUCCGGUCCUAUGGUUCCCAAACUACAAACUCGCCUACAGUUUCCGGAGCUCCACUUUCCUACCACAGUCUGGCGAGGCCAGAAGGUAGCCGUGUAUAGCUUGGUCGACUUACUUGGAGAAGACAAGGCGAAAGCGAUGAUUGCCGGUAGCAGGACUAUGAUCACUCGGUUCCUGCUCUAUCUUCAAGCCGCAGCAAUGCGUGAUUACACUGUUGAGCUUGGAAUGAUGGAUAAGCCUUCUAUGCGCUACAUUCAAUGGAUUCCGAAACCCUCGUUCAUUGUCUUCUCCGAGUCUGAUCUCGUUAAUCCGAAAAAGUGCAAGUCCAUCACCUCUACAUACUUUUCGCAAUGGUCCUUCCAUACACCCUCGUGUACAUACCCACACUUCUCAAAGCAUCGCAUGCUUGCCAUAUUUCCUCCCAUCACACGACCCCACAGUCUGGUCACUUUCUGGCCGUUCUUCUCCCAGUUUGUAAAGGUCCACUUUGUAAAUGCUCUCAGUACUUCUGUCGUAUAUCCUUUUCCCCAGUGUGCUCGGCCAAUCCAGAAACCGAGCUCGGCGCGAGUGCGCGCUGCAUUUAUUGCGCCACCAUUACAUGGGGCGAAGCAGUCGCACCUUCCUGAUCUGAAAGUUGUUCGUACCUACUCGCGACAAACUAAACGCCCACUAUACAAUGAAGAACCGCCGACUAAGCGAAGACGCGUCGAAGAUAAAUCACAAAGCAUCGAGACUGCAACUGUAGAAUCAUCGACCAAUGCGCAAACCCUCAAUAUUUCGUCUCCCACACGCGAAUUCUCUACACCACCACCAUCAAGCCCGAAAGACUCGCCCGCAAUCUUCUCAGACGAACCGCCACGGUCUAGUCCCCCAUCGUCCCCAACGCCGCGCAGCUCUCCUCCGCGCCCUCAGAAGAGACGACCCGUGUUCUCGAUUUUCAAGAAACAAGCUAAACCAAAGACACUUGCGGAACAGCCGCUAUUGGAACGAAGCGACAAUGCUCAAACAUCACCCAAGGCAGGACCCAAGAAGAAGCACAUGGUGCAAAUGCAGCUAGAUCUAGCUUCAGAGACGCGGAAAACGUGCAAAACUUGUGGAAUGCAAUACAUACCCUCCAAUGCGGAGGAUGCGGCGCUACACAAGAAGUUCCACGCGAUGAAUCUUGGGGGUGUGGACUUCACAAAGGCAGUUAUUGAACGGUUCAGAAAAAACGAAGUAUGGAGCGGCGGAGGUGGAAGCUUCAUUGCUGUUGUCGGGCGCAAAGAUGGGCUGGCACUGCGCAACCGGGCGGGUGACGUGCUCAAAGUUGUGACUACGGAGCUUGCAGCUGUGCCUAUAUCAGACGAAGAGCUCUGGAGUCAGACCAACAAUGCAGCCAUGGUGUCUAGUUCGGAGAGAGAAACCAAACCCGCAAAGACAGACAUAGUAGCAAAAGACGAAGGCGCUUUACCCCUGUUUGAUCGAUUCAAAGUCUACCUGUAUUUCCAGGGCAACAAGUGCAUAGGGGCAUGUUUAGCAGAGCGGAUAUGGGAGGCCUAUUCGGUCCUUGAACCAGCCGCUCCGUCUGGGCAAAGCUCCUCAAUCUCCAUUAGUAACCAGUCGGCUCCGGCUAUCCUAGGCAUCUCCCGCAUAUGGACAUCGAACCAGCAUCGGAAGAAGGGCAUUGCGACGAGGCUGCUAGACUGCGCUAGCUCCGAUUUCUUAUACGGAUUCAAGAUUGAUAAGGCCAAGGUUGCGUUCAGCCAGCCGACGGAGAGUGGAGGGAAUCUGGCGCGCAAGUGGUUCAGUAGCCAAGCCGGAUGGCAUGUAUACAUGGACUAA